AUGGCUCCUAUAGUCAAUUUCAUCUUUGGCCGUGCACCAGAGGGUGCCGAAGAGGCGCUUGCCCGGGUCUCGGAGUACUUAUUAGAACAAUGGCAGAAUCCUAGUGAUAUCCUUUCUGUCCUGAUGUUAUUGGGACCAGAUAUUGUGCAGAGAUCUGUUGCGCAAUUAGCUGGCAGAGUUGUAACCCCAUGCGCCUUUUCGUUCGGAUGGGUGGCUUAUUCUGCCUCCGCUCUCGUGAGCAGUCUCGGCGAUGGUCGGCUCAUGCCUGAUGCCGAUGUCGAUGAAACCCUUGUUAUCGGCGCCAAAAGUGGCCACUGCCGUUCCACAAAAAGCUGGAUUCUCGGCCGCCUAUUGCGAGAUUUUAAUGAUGCCGUCGACCAAGAAAUGAGUAAAGAGGUAGCUCAUGUCCCUCCACGAUCUUCGGACGUACCCUCUACGACCGAGAAACGGUCACCAGCCCAAGAAAGUCCCGCCGUUCCCGCUCGUAGCGCAGAACAUCGUCCCUGGGAAGCUCUUCGUGUAACUGUCUUUGAGUUCGAUGAUUCCUCCGCCAUACCAGGCCAUGGAACCCCAACUCUGGAUUGGGUGUGGCUUCUUGGUCCCGUCACCAUUCUAAUUCAAAUUGGCCUUGCUCUUAUUCCCUUAAUACUUUAUGAUUGCUGGGACAUCCUCCUCAUUUCUGUAGUUGGCAACUUUCUCGCCGUACUAAGCGGCUCGCUUCCGCAGUGGAGUAAAGAAAAAUGGGCAUGCCCCAAGAACGGCGGUUCGACUGUCACAAUUACACAGGGUAAUGGAAGCCGUACUGCAAUGGUGAUAGUCGGGAAGAAGGAUGUGGGGCCCGAUCUAGAGAUUUUGGCCAGAGGGACGAGAACUCGUGCUGCUUCACGGCUCACAAGAGUGGCAACAUGUACACUGGCAUCGUUGUGGGUUCUCCUUUUGGUAACCGUGGCGGGCAUGAAGAGGAACUCAUGGUACCUCAUGGGAGUAGGUAUUAUAGGAAGUGCUCACAAUAUUAUCGCCGCAGGAGCCAAACGCUCACCUGCAGCCCUCGGGCUUCAUUUGAAACAGCUGGGAGAACCUAUCAGCGAUAGCAGCGUAGCAGCAGUCUUGAAAAAAGUGGAAGAACAAUAUGAAUUCGUCGGGUCAUCGCUGUUGGAUGUAUUCUAUCCAGGCGGUUUUCGGGUAAAGAAUGACGCCGACAUUGAAUUCUGGGAGGAAGCCAUUCAGAAGCGAAAGAGGCCCAAUGAGUAUGGUGUACUUAUCAAUCUUGGCUAA